AUGGAGUGUCUCCUCGGCCCGUGCGGCGCGACGCCGCUGGAGAGGCACUCCGCCGAGCUCACCGUUCACGGCGUCGAGGGCCUGCGCCUGGACGACGACGACGAAUCCGUGUUUGUCGUGGUGCGGUGGCAGGGAUCGGGGGCGUCCUACUUCAGAUCCGCGCAGGUCGACCGCACGCGACGCGCGAGGCCCGCGCGUUCGAUUGGCGGACCCGACGGAGGGACGCACUCCGCGCGCGUUCCUCGCCACGACGACUCGAACGACGCGCGCGUCCGAUGGGACUCGCGCGACGGCGUCAGCGCGUUCAGAAACGACGCGUGCUACCUCCAUCCAGCGGCGACCGGCGGCGACCGCGGCGAGGUUCACGCGUUCGACUCCAUCGCUGACGACGACGACGACGUCGAGCCGAGGCGCGGGAUGGCUAGCAGCCGCGCUAGGCACCUGCCGUGGGAGGUGAGACUGGCGGUGUGCGCGUCAAGGCCGGGGAGCAUCUACGGUACCACCGAGCGGGUCAUCGGCGAGGGCGCGCUGAACCUGGCGGACUUCGUCGGGACGAGCAAGGCGGCGCGGGGCGGCGCGGGGGGUCCCGCGAGAGUCCAACUGGAGAUGCAACCGGCGUCCUCAACCGCCCGACCAGUCACCGCCCGACCAGUCACCGCCGCGGAAACGUCGUCGCGUCCUCGCCCCCCGCGCCUGUCGCUGUCCGUCGCCGUCACGCGAUCGCCGGGUCUCGCGUCGAAGGCGGCGGCGAGCCUGGGCGGGAAAGGCAGCCGCGACAGGGCAGUCGCCGGGAAGCUCUUCUCCUACCUCUCCAACUCCGCGCAGUCGCCGAGGAGAGGAGAUCGCGAAGAUCAAUCGGGGGGGAGACGCGUCGGCCGAGGACGUUCAUCGCCGCGUUCGUCGCCGCGAUCGAGCGAAGACGCGUCUGUCUCGGACGGGUUCACCAGCGACGGGACAGCGAUGGACACGUGCGAGAGCGACGCCGAGAGAGGCGCGUCGCCGCCGUCGACGCCGCCGCGGGAAUCGGAGUCGGUGUUUAAAAAGCCGCCGAACAACGGAAAGGAUCCCCGUCGUCCUCGCGGGGAACGACGCGACGACGACGACGACGACGACGAGGAGGAGGAGGAGCACGCGAAUGACGAUGCAAACGACGCCGCGGACGGGAAUCGAUCCCGCGACGUCGAGGCUACUCCCAACAAGCGACACUCGAGGUCGUGGUCCUGGAGCGUCAAGUGGACGUCGCCGGUGCGGAGGCGCGUUGGUGAGCUCGGGGACGAUUUGAACGGUGACGCGGUGGUGAUCGACGACGAGCUGCUUCCGACGCCGGCAAAGGCGAGGAAGGACGCCGCGCCUGAACGCGUGAUGACUUCGCCUCCGUCCUCGCCGAAUGAGCCUCGCUCGGAGGAAAAAGAGGAAAAAGAGAAAAAGGCGGAGGAGGACAAGGCUGACGCAAACGGGGCGAGUCGAAAGACGCACCGGCGGACGUCGUCGUGGAGCUCUCGCGUGUUUGGCGGACCGUUCGUCUCGUUCGUGGGUUCGUCGAAGACCCCGGAGGAGGUGGAGUUCGAACGCGCGGCGCGAGAGGCGCGACGGGCAGCCAAAGCGGCGGACAUCGCCGCUCGCAAAUUCGCGCGCGACGACGCUAAGAGAGCCAAGCGCGAACUGAUCCGCCGCGCGACGGAGGAGGAGCGGAUGUUCCGCGCGGUGCUGGAGGAGACGAAGCGCGCGGCGGCGGAGUCGCUGCCGCGGCGGCGCGGCGAGUCCGCGGCGCACGCGGCGUGCGUGUUGGUCACGCCGGGAGGGGGGGCGGCGAACUCGGGAGGAUGCGAGCCGCUCGGGUUUAGGGGCGGAAAGAGCAGGAACCUCGCGUCGGAGCUCGACGACGUCGCGGACGAGGCGACCGGGAACGCGAUCGGGAACGACGCGGAGGUUGGGCGAGGAUCGAUUCCCGACGGGGACGGGGACGUGGCGACGCGGAGCGCGGCGAGGGCGGAUCACGGCGAGUGGCUUCGCGUGGAACUCCGCUCUCAGCCGACGCAGCCGCCGACGGCUGGCGACGAACCGGCGAAGAUCCCCGCCGACGCGUUCUUCGCGUCGCUCGACCAGAUGAGCGCGAACGGCCAGGGCGCGUGCACGCUCGCGUGCGUCGCGCUGGCGGAGUGGUUGGAAGAUCACCCGGGCUCGCUCCCGACGGCGAGGUUGGUCCUCGAGGGAGCGUCUGACGCGUCAAACGCGGUCGCCGACGUCGCGGGUUCGAACCCGUCGUCGUCCGAAUCUUCGCCCGACGCCUCCCCCGACCGCGCCGCGCGCCAACCCAAGCUCGUGUUCGACGCGGUCAUCGCGGGAGCCGCGGCGGAGUGGCGGGCGCUGUGCGACGACCCCGCUCUGCUCAAACGGUUCCCGGAUAAACAUUUCGACCUCGACACCGCGCUCGAGCGUCACGUGCCGUUUCCCGUCCCAGACGCCACGGGGCGGAUACGAAUCGACGCCUCGUGCACGGGCGACGCCUCGGCGGGUAACGCCUCCGCCUCGGUGGGUAACGCCUCGGUGGAUCGGUCGUCCAGCCCGCGUGAUCGUCCGGGCGGCAGGCUUCGCGUGGACCACCGCGAGUCCUUUGUCGGCUUUCUCACUCCGCCCGGAACGGCGCCCGGGGAUUCGCCGACGAUGGACGCGCUUUGCGCCGCGGCGCCGCCGCUUCGAACGAUCGUGGACGAACUCGCGCGGACGGCGCCGGCGACGUACGUGGUGUCGUGGCUGGACCACUUCUUCGUCCUUCGGUUCGCGCGGGAAUGCAUUCGUACCGACGGCGAUUUGGGAAACGGCGAUUUGAUUCAUCCGUCGGCGAUCCCCGGGGAGGAGGACGAGGAGGUUGUCGUCUACGUCAUGGACUCGCUCGGGGAGAGGCUGUGCGAGGGGUGCAAGCGCGGGUACGUGCUCCGCUUCGACGGGUCGUCGUCGCCCGCGUGCGGCGGCGGCGCGGCGGCGGCGGCGGCGCGGUUCAUCGGCGAAGUGUUACCGUCGCGGCUUCUGCGGCAGAUCGGCGCGGACGUGGCCGCGUACGCGUCCGGGGCGAAGGGCGCGAGCGAGCCGUCGUUGGAGCAGCUCAUGCGCAGGCUCCAGAUCGAGUUUCACAGGGUGCGGAGGGGAUAGUCGGGCGGUGGUUUAAUGUCAAGUCGACGGCGGUGGCCAACUGAAAUCGUCUCGACGACAGCUCCUAACACUUAACAGGAAACUCCUAAAACC